AUGACUGACAGAAGUCAUCGCAUCGCAGGCAGCUGUGCUGAUGACUUCAAGAAAGAAGAAUAUGAAGAGGAGUGGCAGCUCGAAGACGGGACGGGUGGCUUCGGCACCCUGGACGUGAAGGUACCGAAGGAAGAACCUGACUCACUCCACGGCCCUGGAUUCGUCAAAGACGAGAAGGUGUCAACGCCUGCCAAGCGCAAGAAGGCGGCGCCGGAGCAAAACGUCGGUUUGAGCUUCGAGGACCUGUUCCCGAAGGAAGCCGUUCGCCAGUUCUGUGAUCGUUACAAGGCUGGUAGGUCUACCAAAGAGGAUUUCUUCUACCGGCACGAGCACACUGAUGAAGGAGUCGUAGCAACCUUGGUCAUGCCACUGCUGAAGAAUCGUGAGUUCCGUGGUUAUGAAGCUGCAGACACAAAGGAAGCGGAACGCUCGGCGGCAGAAGCUUUUACUGCAGACGGGGAAGUGCUCGAAAUUGCUGAGCGACUGCCCCCACCCUUUUCCCACUUCAAGAAACGCGCCAAGAACAGUCGGAGAAAGCAAGAUGAGAUGAUGGCGCAGGGUUUGACUGGUGGGAAGAACAUGGUCCUACAGAUGGCUCAUGAUCGGUACAUGGGCUUGCGAGAGCAAGGUGCAAGGACUGCCGUUUGGGACGGUAAUGCUUGA